AUGGCAGCAUUUUCUCAUCCAGCUUCUUUUGUCCUGGACCCGUUCUUUGAGCCAGAUAGAUUUAGCACCAUCAUCACAACAACAGGUCCUUGUUUUUCUCCAAUCUUUCCACGAGAACAUGUCCAGGAGAUUUCUCUGCAUGCUGAUCAAUUCCAUGAAGCCACCACCCAUGUUGUAGAUAACAUAGAAGUGCCUUCCAUUUUCAUUACAGAAUCUCCUGUCAAUGCAACUCAAAAGUUAAGUUCUCCAUCAUGGGCAGUUAAUGAUAUCGAGCGAGCUACUGAUAGACUUUAUCAGGAUGCUCUAUUGAUAAACCCAGUCCAGCCAAACAGAAAGCACCAAGACUUCAAGGAAGAAAAGGAAAGCAAAGGUGAGAAACGAUGCACGCAGAACUGUGAUUUUGGAAAACCAGAGAGGAAAAGGCCCGAGCCUCGUGCAAGAAAAGAAAAGAAAGUUGCAAAAGAACAUCCUUUGACAGGUUACGUUCAUGUAAGAGCAAGAAGGGGCGAAGCAACAGAUCCUCAUAGCCUUGCUGAAAGGGUAAGGAGAAAGAAAAUCAGUGUGAGGAUGAAGCUACUGCAAUCUCUAGUUCCUGGAUGCGACAAGUUGACUGGCAAGGCUCAAAUACUGGACGAGAUAAUUAGACACGUUCUAUCCCUGCAGAAUCAAGUGGAGUUCCUUGCAGCGAAAUUUACCUCUGAAAAUGGCAUUGCCAACGAAGUGAACUACGAAAUGAACACUCUGGUAGCCAAGGAGCUAUAUAACUCAGAGCUUCAAGAAUCAAGCUCCGCCCAGCUUAUAUCAUUCAUGGAGGCAACGUCUGCAUCAAUGUUACGUCAUCAUCACCAGGAGGCAACUAAUGCCACAACUCAAGCAUUCGAUUAUGAUUUUUGA